UCCACACAGGCUCCAACUACCUUCUAUUCUGGUGAUCAUAAUUAUUUGAUGACGGAGCUUCUGGUUUCUCCACCACCCCUUUUGUACACACGAUCUCGCUUUGAAUAAUUUAGCACGGGGAGCCAGAAAGGUGGUCCCUUAAAACAGCAGGUACAGACAAACUCAGAAGGCAGGACAGGCAGCGCAGAGCGCUUUAUCUUAUCUAGUCAUCCACCCACCCCUCACUCGCAGCUCUUCGGUCGGGCUCUUGUACCCUGUGCUUCAAUCAAGCCGUGUAUCAAUCCAUUCUUUUAUCCAUUUGUUGGUAUAUUCUUUUAUCGCACCAGGCACCACAGUGUCCAGCUGAUGUCAGUUCGCCCCAGGUAAGAAGCUCCUUGGAUGGACUGACGCUCCCUCGGCGUCCCCUCCUCAAUCGGCCACCAUGGAGGAACUCCAGAGAAAACUGAAUCAGCGCUAUGAAGGCACCAAGCCCAGAAAGGUGAGGUUCAAGCUGGCGUCAUCCUACAGUGGCCGGGUGCUGAAGCACGUGUACGAGGAUGGUCAGGAGCUGGACAGUCCAGAGGAGAAAUACCCGCACAGCUUUGUUCACCGCAAGAUCCCCCCCAGCCACCUGGAGGUGGAGCAGCUCUGUGGGUUUGAGGAUACUCAUGGGGACCAACCGGGUGUCUAUCCUCCAACAGGACUCAUUGCCCAGAGAAUAAAUGUGUACAGAGGAAUGGGGAGCUACAAGCCUGCUACAGGCCAGGCUGAGGAAGCAGAGGGAGAUGCCAAUUCCUCAGUGUUGGACUUUGGCAAGAUAAUCAUCUACACCAGCAAUCUGCGCAUCAUCAGGGCACCACCGAGGAAGCCUGAGGCGUUACGGCACCACACAGUGCCUCCUCUGGACUUGGAGGGGUACCCAAAGGCCAGGGAGAGGGGGAGCAGGAGGAGGGUUAAAGCUCUCGCUACACCAGAUGGGGAGGAGGAGGAGAAACAGAUCAGCGACUCAGAGUCCAAGGAGGCCGACAGCUGCCAGCAUUGUGGCGGUUCGGGCUGCGCUCCCUGCUCUCUGUGUCACGGUAGCAAGCUGUCCAUGCUGGCGAACCGCUUCAAUGAGUCCAUCAGUGAUCUGCGUUGCCAAGCCUGCUACCCCCAUGGUCUGGAGAAGUGCCAGUCCUGCUCCAGCAAAUAGCACUGUUUGGCUGACACCCAUGUCUGGCAGGGAGAGUGAGUGAGUGAAUGAGAGUGUGUAGCUGUGAGUGACUGUGUGCCCCGAUGUGCUAUGGGUUUGUCACAAUUGUC